AUGAGUUCAAAUAAUAUUCAACAUAUUUCUUCUUGUGGACCAGUUAUGUCUCAAACAAAUGAACAAUCUGAACAAACAACCCAAAUUCCACCAUCUGAAUCCCAAACAACUGAUCAACAUUCUCUUGAUUUAAAUGACCAAAAUAUUCAACCAACCGAAUCUCAAAAUAAUGAUUCAUCUAAUAAGCAAAAGAGAAAAAGAACAACGACAUCAAAGAGUACCUCUGUGAGUGUUAUUGAUAAGGAAAACUUGAAGAAGGCACUGAAUUUGAAGAUACCAGAAAGAAAUAUUCUUCAAGAAAAGGAGGUAAAAAAGAAACGAAAAAAAACGAAACAAUUCAAACCAAAUGAUCAAACAAUAAGGAAAAAAGAAAGAAGACAACAAGUUAUUAAGGUAAUCAAUGAAAAAUUGGGGGGCUUUAGAAAAAUUGAUGAAAAGAAAUAUACUAAAGUUAAUUUAGCAAAAAUUAACUUAGUUUCAGAUGAUAGUGAACGUACACCUUUAGUAAUUCAUAAUAGCGUUAAGAGAUCGGAUUUAGAUAAUAGUUUCGAACAAUCCAAAACUAAAUGUGAGGAUUUUAUGGAAAUAUUUGCUGGAAUAGCCAAUUUAUGUAACAUUGAAUUGUCACAUAUAUUUCUUUCCUAUUUUAGGAAAAAUGUGACACAUGCAAUGAGUAUACUAAAUGCUCUUUUGGCAUGUAAGAGACAUCCAGUGGCUGAUGAGAAGACUUAUAAUGAGUUACAACGAAUGAAUCUGUCUAAAAAAACCCCAUCUUUAGAAAAGCAAUUGAAAACAAAAGACGAGGUGGGGUUGUCAGAUUACUCUUUCAAAGAAAUUGUUUUGUUAUCAGAGGGCAAUAUGAAGGCUUCUUUAACUGAAGAGACCAAAAAGUAUAACAAGAUUGUACAGGAAUACUUUAAUGUAAAUCAGGUUAAAAAUGGUUUCAAAGCAAACCUACUUCCAUUAAUGACGGCAAUAUCGAAAGCUCACCUUCAUCAAGUUAGUGUUCGAAAAGAACAUAACCUCCCUGUGAAUGAUGUUGUACAUCAUACUGAAUCAAUUAAGGAAGGUGUUUGUUUACCUGAAGACUUGAAAUGGAAGAUUUCAAUGGACGGUAGAGAAUUUGGAAACUUGAGAACUGUGGUUGUUACUUUACAAGUUUUGAAUUUGUUAACAUUUGCAACUCAGGAUCCUAAAUCUGUAAUUCCUAUUUGCAUGUUUGUUGGCGAGGAAUCGGAGGUUAUGGAUCAUAUGAAAGACUUUGAGAAGGAAUUGCAAGAAAUUGCAAAUCAAGGAUUAUGUAUUGAAUAUGAGAAAAAUGAUGCAAGUCUUGGUUUCCCAAAGUUGAACGAAAGUGGUAUCAAAAAUUCUGUAACAAUUCCUUGUGAAUUCUAUUGGGUCAGUGACUUAAAAUCACUGUCUUACGUUUCAAUAUUAAGAGAUGAUUGUCAAUUUUGUGCUUUUUGUGAUUGUGAAAGGGAAAAUUCAGUGAUGUCAUUAGAACAUGGCGAUGUUUGUUCACAUCGAGAUAUUGGUCAUAAGUUUGGAAUUAAGAAUAUUUAUUUUUGCAUCCUUCACUUGGAUGAGAGAAUCACUGAAUAUAUUAUGAAGAUGACACUAAUAUCCACAAAAUCCGAAUCACAAAUAUUGGGAAAUCUUAAAAAGAUUCAUGGAUUUGGUUCAUUUUCCUUCUCAGUUAAGGAAAGAGAAGAGCAGGCACUCAAUAUUUCAGAAUAUUCAUUUAUGUUCACAGGGAGUCAUUGUUCUAAAAUAUUUGGGCAUAUUGAUUCAAUUUUGGACUUUGUGAAAAAGGAUCAUCCAAAGAUUUGGAAAAUUUGGGAAGGAUGGAGAACAAUUAGAAGAUGGAUAUAUUACACAAAUGAACAACUUGAUUCAAAAUCAAGUGAUGAAUUCUUCCAACUGAAGAAUUUAAUUAGUGAAUGGGGAGGUUUAAUUGCUGAAAUAAGAAGAUCAGCUGGAACCGUUGGUGAUUACAUUCACAUUGUUGUUAACCAUUUAUUCGAAUUAUUGACAACAAUUGGAAGCUUGGUUCCCUUCUCCAAUCAAGCUGUUGAACACAGUCAUAAGUAUGAUCGGUGGUUGAUGGAAAGAUGUGUGAGUAGAGGAAAGAUGAAUAUAGGGACCAAAAAGACAUCCAAACCUCAUGAAUAUGUGAUUGAAGAUAGUUCCACAUUGAUUGACCAUGUUAGAAAUGAUACGCUUCUUGAUUUUACAUAUAGUAAUCUAAUUCAAAAAACGAAUGAAACAUCUUGGAAUGAUUUGUACCAAAUAGCUCAAAUUAUGUUUAAGAAAUUUAGAAUUUUAUAUCUUUCAUUCACUGCUGAAGAUGUGGUCUUCAAAAGAUUAGAACUAAGGGUUGGUAGUGUCAUUAAAUCUUUCUGGGAAAGAAACAUUGAAAUUAGUAGACCACCUUUACAAUUUGAUUCUGGUUCAUACGAAUCACCUAUUGCCGUUUGUAAUAUAGGUUCCCACAGUCCAUCAAGUUAUCAAUCAUUAACGAAUGAAGAGGCUCGACAACUUGCUUUUACAUUUACUACCAGUGCUCCAUCUCCCACAUUCAUGACCCAAAAUAAUUCAUUUGAUUCAAAUAAUUCCAUUGAAAGAAACUAUCCUGAGAACCAAUUAUUAAUGACUGAAACUUUGAAUCUAAUGGUAGCCUAUCAAAACAGCAUUAAUUCACAUCCUCCUUAUUCCGAUACGAUUAUAAAUCGGAACGAACAAUCUGAUGAAGAUGAUGUUUUAUUAGACACCUCCUUCUUUAAACAAUAUAAUCAAAAUGCUUAUGUUGACGAACAAUAUGAUUGGCAGGAUUUACUUGGGUGUGCAGACUUCUACUUUGAUGAUUGA